AGAAUUCCUGUUUGGGGGUAUAAAAUAUGAAGUUUUAAGCCAGAAAAGUUUGAGCCGCCUGGUAGACCCGAUGCGAAGAAUCAAACUGACUUGAAGACAACAUGCCAGGACGUUUACACAGUGCUUUAUCGCUUAUCUUGGUUCUGGGAUUGGAGCAAGGAUCGUCUUCUGUUCUAAAUGACCCAGGCCGAUUUGAAGGAGACAUCUACACUAUUGAUGAAUUGAAUGACCUGGACAUGGAACAGAAGCAAGAUAGUGUGCCGGCCGAUGUUUGUACUAAAAUUAAAGCUGAAUUCAAAGACGUUGAGAAAAAAUCCAUGGCUGAAGCCAGAAGAGAAAAACCUGAUAGCUAUCGAAGAGGGAGAAAGGUAGCAUACACCUUUAGUGUUACAAAAUACUUCCAGAUACUACAACAUUGUAAAAGUUCACUGGCGGACGACUCGAAAGUGUUUAGGACUUUACAGAACGAAGCUUGUGUCAAUCGUGCCAUUGGAGACAUUUGUAAGAAGAGCAAUGUUUUGAACCUUUUAGGAAUAGCUGCAAGGGG